GAAGAAGCUGGCCCAGCGGCUGCAGGAGGCUGAGGAAGCUGUGGAGGCGGUGAACGCCAAGUGUUCCUCGCUGGAGAAGACCAAGCACCGCCUGCAGAACGAGAUUGAAGAUCUGAUGGUGGACGCGGAACGCUCGAACGCCGCCGCAGCUGCCCUGGACAAGAAGCAAAGGAACUUCGACAAGAUCCUCUCCGAAUGGAAGCAGAAGAACGAAGAAUCUCAGGCAGAGCUGGAGGCAUCUCAGAAAGAGUCCCGUUCCCUCAGCACGGAGCUCUUCAAGCUGAAGAACGCCUACGAGGAGUCCCUGGAACUCCUGGAGACCUUAAGAAGAGAGAACAAGAACUUGCAAGAGGAGAUUUCGGAUCUCACCGAACAGCUGAGCCAAGGGGCCAAAAGCAUGCACGAGCUUGAAAAAGUGAGGAAGCAGCUGGAAUCUGAGAAAGUAGACUUACAGGCGGCUCUGGAAGAGGCAGAGGCCUCUCUGGAACAUGAGGAAGGCAAGAUCCUCCGAGCUCAGCUGGAGUUCAGCCAGAUCAAGGCUGAAAUUGAACGCAAGUUGACCGAGAAGGAUGAGGAAAUGGAGCAGGCCAAAAGGAAUCAUCUGAGGACAGUGGACUCGCUCCAAGCUUCCCUGGAUGCCGAGACCCGCAGCCGCAAUGAGGCCUUGAGGAUCAAGAAGAAGAUGGAGGGCGACCUCAACGACAUGGAGAUCCAGCUCAGCCAAGCGAAUCGGGUGGCCGCCGAAGUUCAGAAGCACCUCAAGAUCGCUCAUGCCCACCUCAAGGACAAUCAGAUUCAACUGGACGAUGCCCUUCGAGCCAACGAGGACCUGAAGGAGAACAUUGCCAUCGUGGAAAGACGGAAUAUGCUGCUGCAGGCUGAGCUGGAAGAGCUACGCAGCGUACUGGAGCAGACAGAGCGUGGACGGAAACUGGCAGAACAGGAGCUGACGGAGGCCAGUGAGAGGGUCCAGCUCCUCCAUUCUCAGAACACCAGCCUCAUCAAUCAGAAGAAGAAGAUGGAGGUUGACCUCACGCAGCUUCAAUCAGAAGUGGAAGAAGCUGUGCAGGAGUGCAGAAACGCAGAGGAGAAGGCCAAGAAAGCCAUCACAGAUGCGGCUAUGAUGGCGGAGGAGCUGAAGAAGGAGCAGGACACCAGCGCCCACCUGGAGAGGAUGAAGAAGAACAUGGAGCAGACCAUCAAGGACCUCCAGAUGCGCCUGGACGAGGCGGAGCAGCUGGCCCUCAAGGGCGGCAAGAAGCAGCUUCAGAAACUGGAGGCCCGAGUGCGGGAGCUGGAGAACGAGCUGGAAGGGGAGCAGAAACGCAACGUGGAGAACGUCAAAGGGAUGCGGAAGUUUGAGAGACGCACCAAGGAGCUCACCUACCAGACCGAAGAGGACAAGAAAAAUUUGCUGAGGCUUCAGGAUCUGGUGGACAAAUUGCAAAUGAAGGUUAAAGCCUACAAAAGACAAGCCGAAGAAGCAGAGGAGCAGGCCAACACCAACCUGGCUAAAUUCCGGAAGGCCCAGCACGAGUUGGACGAAGCCGAGGAACGGGCGGACAUCGCCGAGUCCCAGAUCAACAAGCUGAAGGCCAAGAGUCGUGACGUGGGAGGAAAGGUGAGCUCUUAUUUGGGGGCUUCAGAAGGCGAAAG